ACAUAGCGAGAGAACAAGAAAAAAAAUGAGACGUCGGCACCUUAGUCGUAGAGGCACCGGACUACAACUCCUCAAAAUCAGUGAAGAUAACGCCGCUGUUGUGACUUGCUACUUCUCUUUGCCCUCCGCGAAUAAAACCAACCCACGAUGGGAUUACUAGACUUGGACAACCCGGUGUUCGUGAGUUAUGUCUUCUACUCUGCUCUCCUGGCCCUCAAGAUGCUGCUCAUGGGACCCAUCACCGGCUAUUACCGGAUCACCAAGAAGGUGUUCGCCAACCCGGAAGACGCUGCCAAGUUUAGUGUGAAGGAGAAGAUGAACGACGCAGACGUGGAGCGCGUGCGCAGAGCCCACCAGAACGACCUGGAGAACAUCCCCGUGUUCUGGGUGGUCGCCCUCCUCUUCGUGCUCACGGGGCCCUCGGAGACCACUGCUCGCUACGUCUUCCGCAUCUACACCAUCGCCCGCAUCCAGCACACGGUCAUGUACCUGAAGAGCAGCGGCAUGCGUGGGGUGGCCUACGCGGUGGCACUGGCACUGAAGUUCUUCAUGGCGGCCACAGUCAUUUAUACUUUCUGGUAGAGGCCGAGGGAUGGGAGAGCAGGGGCGGGUUGUUGAACAGUAGAGCUUUUGGUGUAUUUGAUUAAAAGUGUUGUAUGAUUAAUGUAGUUUUGUUGCACUUGUUUUCAAUAUCAUUACCAUGUCAUUUUGUUAGUACUUUUAUUAUUAGUAUUAUCGCUGUCAGUCACUAUUAUCGCUGUAAUUGUUUUGCUUUAGGGAAAUGGGAAAGGGAGUUUGAUGAUAAAGUUAGUGGUUCUCAGGAAGACACGUUCUUUUCCCAUUUAUUUAUAAUUAUUGUCAUGUUUUUCUGAACGAGUUUCUUGGCGGUAUUUUCCGUCGAGCAGUUGUGCCAUUGUAUCCGCCGCCUCGGCUGUCUUUUGUAACCAUAUAAAAUAUUGUUUAUUUUGUUUCUCUUGUGUUUUCCUAGUUGAAGGAAAAAGGAAAGUGCACUUGUUAGAAAAGAUCACAUUUAGUACAUGCCAUUAUUGUACAUCGAAUAAAGUGCCAAAGAAAACGUAA